AUGAUUUACAGAGUUCCGAAGCUCGCGCCAGCAAACGGUGUAGACGAAAAAUCAAGACGUAAAACACCUGAUUCUGAGGGUUCUACUGAAGAGUCAGCUAACGAAGACUUUUCUAUCAAACGAAAUCCCUACCUGGUCGCACGGAGCAGCCUCGCGACCCCUGCUGAGGAGAAGCCGAAGCUCAGUUACGAGGUUGCAAGUGACAACGAACCCUUUGAAGAGAUUGUCAUUCGCGCAGAGACCUUCUUCCCGGAGCUGAAGAACAUUGUUGAAUCAUCCACCAGCACUUACCUAUUUGAGAAUAAUUUCAAAAAUCCCAUUGCACCAAGAGUGGCCAAGACUCCUCUGGAGGACAGAAGCUCCUACCUCCCAAGAACUGCCUCCUUAUUUGCCAACAAUCAAUUCCGGCGACAGAAGAACCUUCAACAGCAGGGAUUGAUACCUCCCGGCUGCGCUAUGCACCCCUGCACAAAUCUUCAACAUCAGCAUUCUCAGCCCCAUCCCAACCAAAUGAUGAUGCAAUACAGUGGAUACUAUCCCCCAGGUCCACAACCUCCACCGCCACCACACGCAUCUCCAGUCCAGGGCUCUGAAGUGGAGAGGACAACCUAUGACCGUCGCAAUUUUCAAGCAGCAUUGCAGCAUUUCGAGCAGCGUAGCCUUGUCAGCCAACCUCCUUUGAGACCGAGCUCCCUCUUUAUGUCCCCGGAAUUGCGAGUGAUGGAUUCAAAGCUUCCACCACCCCCACUGCCACCACCGUCGCUACCACAGCCACCAAGACCAUCAGCGAGCACGGCGCACGCAGUCAUGAAAAGUGUACCAGCUUUCCUUACAGGUUGCAGUUGUGGUCCGGGGUCAGGUUGCGGGGCUCUAACGUCUGAAGCUAUGGUUCGAAGAAGUGACAACAUGGCCGAUGUUGAGACUAUCCAGCAGUACCUGGUUUCUGAGGAGCCGGGACCAGGUGGUGUCAAGAAAGUAUUCAGUUUCCCCCUAGGAAUGGAGCCCGGAGACCUCACUCUUCUUAGAGCAGCUGUCAGCGCAAACAGACCGAAGGAUGCCUACAUACCAGAGGAGAACGAUGACAUAGAGACCCAGUUGGAUCAACAGUUACAGGCUGUUCGUCCGGAUAUGCCAGCGACCAGGUCGUCGGAUACUACUGGCUGGGCUGCACCAUCAAAUUUCACAAACGACCAGACCGUGCUAACUGUUCCAGCUCAUACUUCCUCCCAUCUUUGUGCUGCAGCUUACCCCAUCCGUAGUAAGGAGAGACCUAGAAACCCCGACGGCCAGGUAACUGGCCUUGAGUCGGCCUUGUCCGCUUUGAUGUAUAAUGGAAUUGAGCGACCCGUGGACAGUUUCAAUUCACACCAGCGCCCCCAAGGCUACAACUCACAGCAGAUCAGCUAUUCACGGCCGGGUUACACUGCUGGCGCUGGGCUUGAUUCCCACCAAACGACGGGUAGCUGGACGCAGAAUUUUGAUCCCAGGACCUUCACUCACACGACAUACAGCACAUCACGGUUUAAUCCGCUGAAUGGUGCUGACAUCGCGGACUCCCCUUCGGGUAGACGCUAUCAAAUGUAA